ACGCGGGGUCGAGGAACCGUUUCAACGCCAAGCAAACAGACCCCGCGUCCUUUUGACGUAUCACUCGGCUAUGCCGAUUUGAUUAUUAUGAAAGCAGUGAUGAAAGAUAAGCUGCCGAAGUCAUCAUCAUACCUAGUCAUCAGGAAUGAUCUUUGAGACCGAGCAAACACUUCCUCUAUUUCAGUAUCUCAGCUGGACGUAGACCAUUCAAGAAGAAACUGCAAAAUUCGAACAGCAUGAUAUCUUUGCCAUCACAGCUGCCAGACCAUCACCUGGACGAGUUUUCUGUCCCGACAGACUGUGGAUCUGUUGUUCACGGAUAUAGUCGCGGGCUCUCCAUAGAACAAUCAGAGGCGAACGCCGUCCUUGUUUUAAUCCAUGGAUAUCCAAUGACAAAUCUACUAUGGCGUCACGUCAUAAAGAAUCUUCCCGACGAUAUUCCUCUCUUUGUGCCUGAUAUCCCGGGAUACGGUAACAGCACGCCAAGUAAGACUGGGCACGAUAAAGCAACUAUAGGAAAAGCUAUCCUUGACGCAUUGAACAAAGUGCUUCAAAAUGACCCGACCAAGCCUCCAAGACGCAUUGUUCUUGCAGGCCAUGAUCGUGGGGCGCGGAUCAGCCACCGUCUCAGUGUUGAUGCUGGAGAGUUCUCAGAUAAGUUUACUAUAAUAGGCACCAUACUGAUGGACAUCGUACCUACGGUGGUCCAGUGGCACGGCAUGAAGAAUCCUGUUGAGGCAGCUGGCUUCUUUCAUUGGCCGUUCCUUGCGAACGUGGAGUUGGCCACAUCUAUGAUCCUCAAGGUCGGAGGAGAUGUCUUCAUCCGCAGUUUAUGUGAACGAUGGUUGGGAGAUCUGACUUAUCCGGGACGUCGGAGUCUCAUACAGGACGGCGCUCAGCAGGCAUACGAAGAGACUUUCAAGCGUGAAAGUGUUAUCAGGGCGGCUUGCCUCGAUUAUGAGGCAGCUGCUACCGUGGAUGUUGACCGACAGAAGUACGACCAAGAGCAUGGGAGAAAGAUUCAGAUACCAACGUUAGUUCUCCAUUGUUCUGCACUCGGCAGACGGUUCAGUAUGACAGACACUUGGGAGGAAUGGGUUGCUGACGGAAAGAACCUGUUGUCUGUCAUGGAAAUAGGUGAGGGUGCUGGGCACUCAUUCCCGGAGGAAGCCCCUGAGACUACAGCAAAGGCCAUGCUGGAGUGGAUCAGGAGAUACAAUUAAAUCUAGAAAUCGAGAGGAACACAUUUAUCUCCUUGACUUUUGAAAAAGACGCAA